AUGUCGGACGAUCAAAGCAAGGUGGGAACUAACCUUCCAUUGACGCCAGCGACAAGCUUAGAUGCAAUUGAAAGCGAAGCAGAAUUUAAACAGCAGUCCCCAACAGAAAGAAGAUUGACUCGGGAGGACGUGGAUAAGAUAAUCGAUGAGGAAUUACAAUUGAGCGAAGCUCAGAAGAAGCUGUUGCAGAAAUUUGGCAUGAUGGUGGCCAAAAAAGUGAAGAGGAGAAGGAAGAAACCACCACCUCCGCCACCGGAGCUGCAAAUUACGGAUAUCAUUGUCGUCAGGAAGGAAUGGGUAAAGCCCAUUGCAUUGUUUUUCAUUUGGGUGACAUUCACCGCGCAGUUUCUGAUCGACAGAGAAAUUCAAAAGAAUCCUACACUUGUCUCGCUUAUACCAAAUGAAACGAAAAUAAUACCCGUACCUGACAUAACAGACGAAUCGAUUUCCAUAUCAAUCGCUGGACCUUUCCUGGAUGAUGGUAAUCUGGUGUAUUCUGAGAGAGAGGAUGAAGCGAGAUUCAUUUACAUACAGGCCGUACGCACUUUCUACGACGACUACGCGAAGCCGAUCAUUACGGUGAAUGUUGCUGAUUUGUGGAGCGAAUAUCUCGAUCUCAGCGACCGCAUAGAACUGAUCAAACCAAUGCAGCGCUAUACCAUACUCACCCUGUGGAAAAACAUAUCGAAAGAUGACAAUACCAAAAUGUUUUUACGCGUCUACACCAAUUACGAUGAGAUUGUGACGGUCAAAUACAAUUACGAUUGGUACCCUGUGCCAACAAAAAAGGGUCUACUCUUCGCUUUACUGGUGCUGCUACUGCUCUAUGUACUGUACAUAUUCGAAUUCGUCCACCCGACAAUAUGCGCCUUCAUUUGCUCAACAUUCGGCUUGGCUAUACUCUCCAUACUCAAUCCGAAGCCCAGUUUCGAUGAGCUGGUCGAGUGGAUUGACAUGCCCAUGCUGAGCUUGCUCUUCAGCUUGAUGAUCAUUGUGGCUAUUAUGGCCGACGCUGGCAUCUUCGAUCUCGUGGCAGUGUUUGCCUAUCAAAUAUCCAAGGGUCGUGUUUGGCGACUCAUUUGGAAUCUAUGCGCAUUCAUCAGCAUCUUGGCAGCUUUUCUCAACAACAGCACCACAAUGCUGCUCUUUUCGCCGAUCAUUAUUAAACUCUGUGAGGUCUCCGGUCUUAAUCCUGUCUAUGUGCUUUCCUAUCUGAUGAUUUGCGCCAAUGUUGGCGCCUCAUUCACGCCGUUAGGGAGCCCGCCGAAUAUACUUAUCACCACAAAUGAAUAUCUGCACCGCCAUGGCAUAGAUUUUGGCAACUUCGUUGUACAUUUGGCACCAUGCGCGCUCCUAGCGCUCCUGCAGACCCACUGGCAAUUGCGUUACUACUUUCAGCGCAACGAGUUGCUGGAAUACCGCGACGAUUCGGUCUUGCGCGAGGAGCUCCUCGAACGCGGCAUAAAAAGGUGGUCGCGCGCAUCGAGUGGAGUGAGCAAUGUGCUGGAUGACGAUCGCAGGGUGCGCAACUUAAUGAAGCGCGUGGUUGAAGCUUUUCGUGAGGCCUUGAAUGGCGAUGUUAUGCCAGACGUAAAGCCGAAGCGCAAUUACGAAACCACACUGAAAAAGCUGAAGGAGCGUCACGGCAAAUGGGACAAAAUUCUGCUAUUGGAAUGUGGCGUAGUUUUGAUUUUUGUGGUGACCAUUUAUUCGCUACGCUCUUUUGAGUAUAUUCACACGGUCAACUAUUCUUGGACCGCAUUGCUUGGCGCCAUACUUAUACUCAUACUGGCGGAUUUCCGGGACUUCGAGAGUCUAAUGUGUCGCAUUGAUUGGUCUACGUUGAUGUUUCUCUCUUCAUUUUUUGUGCUAAUCGAGGUGCUUUCGAGGUUGGGCUUGGAGGACUUACUCGGUAAAAUCGUGGUGCAAGCUAUAGACAGCACGAAUAAAGAGUAUCAGCUCUUAGUGGCGCUAAUGCUGAUAUUGUGGAUAACGGCCUUAGCUUCGAGCUUUCUCAACAACAAUCCUGUUACACAGAUGAUGAUACGCGUAGUGAUAUCGCUAUCACAAAGUCGGAAUUUGUCGCUGCCGCUGCAACCGUUGGUGUGGGCGCUCGUCCUGGGCGCAGCCUUUGGUGGUAACGGUACACUCAUUGGCGCCUCUGCGAAUAUAGUGACAGCUGGUGUGGCGAAUAAGCACUUGUAUAAGCUCACAUUUCGCGCGUAUUUCGUUAUGGGGUUCACAGUUAUGCUGGCUAAUGUUUUUGUGGCUUCCUUAUAUUUGAUUUUGAUGCAUGUGGUGAUUAAAUGGGGCAAUAAAUAA